UUGAACAGCCCAAGGUAUAGGCGGGGAAGCGGAAGCGGGCGGCGCUUCGGCUGACUGGGACUUGUCAUCCGUUUGACCGGGACCGGGUAUUCCUUUCCCGGGAACCCGCAGGCCUUCUGGUGACCGCCACUACCAUCGCCUCGGAGCGUGGGUCCCAGAUCCUGGAGGCUGUGGCGGACGCGGAGUUUCCUGGUCAUUCCAGACGCUGUCUGGGGAGAUCGGACGGCUGGUGGAAUCUGGUGGACUCCUUUAGUCACUGUCUGCAAUGGAGCGUUUCUAUUAGAGUCUCCAGAGAGGAACACAGACCUGCUGACACCUUGAUUUCAAUUUUGAGAACUCAUUUGAGCCACACUGUGCCUGAACAUGUGACCCACAGAAACUAUCAGUUUACAGAUAUGAUCCAGUCCUAUACGUGAAUUACUUUGGUUAGUCAGAGUGAACAUUCAAUAAUGAGUGGUGCAGCUUUGGGACUCGAGAUUGUUUUUGUCUUUUUUCUGGCAUUAUUCCUACUUCAUCGAUAUGGAGACUUUAAGAAACAGCAUAGACUUGUAAUUGUUGGAACACUGCUAGCUUGGUAUCUCUGCUUUCUUAUUGUCUUCAUACUGCCUCUGGAUGUUAGUACGACAAUAUACAACCGGUGCAAGCAUGCUGCUGCAAACUCAAGCCCUUCUGAGAAUAGCAACAUUACAGGAUUGUACACACCUGCUACCCCAGUUCCAAGCCAACAUCCGUGUUUCAAGCCAUGGAGUUACAUUCCUGAUGGAAUCAUGCCAAUUUUCUGGAGGGUAGUAUAUUGGACGUCACAAUUCUUAACGUGGAUUCUGUUACCUUUUAUGCAGUCCUAUGCAAGAUCAGGAGGGUUUUCCAUCACUGGAAAGAUCAAAACUGCACUGAUUGAGAAUGCAAUCUAUUAUGGCACCUAUUUGCUGAUUUUUGGAGCAUUUUUAAUUUAUGUAGCUGUAAACCCACAUUUGCACUUAGAAUGGAACCAGCUUCAGACCAUUGGGAUAGCUGCUGCAAAUACAUGGGGUCUCUUUCUUCUUGUGCUAUUGUUGGGGUAUGGCUUGGUGGAAAUUCCUCGGUCAUAUUGGAAUGGAGCAAAAAGAGGUUAUCUACUUAUGAAAACUUAUUUUAAGGCAGCCAAAUUGAUGACAGAGAAAGCAGAUGCAGAAGAGACUUUAGAAGAUGUCAUGGAGGAGGUUCGUAAAGUGAAUGAAAGCAUCAAGUAUAACCACCCAUUGAGAAAAUGUGUUGACACAAUACUUAAAAAGUGCCCUACAGAAUACCAGGAAAAAAUGGGCAGGAACAUGGAUGAUUAUGAAGAUUUUGAUGAAAAGCAUAAUACCUACCCAAGUGAAAAGAGUCUGGUGAAACUACAUAAACAGGUUAUUUAUUCAGUUCAGAGGCACCGUCGAACUCAAGUACAGUGGCAGAUUCUUUUGGAACAAGCGUUUUAUCUAGAAGAUGUUGCAAAAAAUGAAACUAGUGCUACUCAUCAGUUUGUUCAUACCUUUCAGUCGCCAGAGCCAGAAAAUAGAUUUAUCCAAUAUUUUUAUAAUCCUACAGUUGAAUGGUACUGGGAAUGUCUUUUGCGACCAUGGUUUUAUAGAAUACUUGCUGUGGUUUUGUCUAUCUUCUCUGUGAUUGUUGUGUGGUCAGAGUGCACGUUCUUUAGCACUACACCUGUCUUAUCCCUCUUUGCAGUCUUCAUCCAGCUGGCUGAAAAAACAUACAAUUAUAUUUAUAUCGAGAUCGCUUGCUUUCUUUCCAUCUUCUUCCUAAGUAUCUGUGUUUAUUCUACUGUGUUCAGGAUUCGUGUCUUUAACUAUUAUUACUUGGCUUCACAUCAUCAGACUGAUGCUUACAGUCUUCUUUUCAGUGGCAUGUUAUUUUGUCGUUUGACUCCUCCUUUAUGUCUUAAUUUCUUGGGUUUGACCCAUAUGGAUUCAUCCAUCUCUCACAAGAAUACGCAGCCAACUGCUUACACAUCUAUUAUGGGUUCCAUGAAAGUUUUAUCCUUUAUUGCAGAUGGAUUCUAUAUAUAUUAUCCUAUGCUGGUCGUAAUUCUCUGCAUUGCUACUUAUUUUAGUUUGGGAACUCGUUGUUUGAAUCUACUUGGUUUCCAGCAGUUCAUGGGAGAUAAUGAUAUGACAUCAGACUUAGUUGAUGAAGGAAAAGAAUUAAUCAGACGAGAGAAGAGAAAAAGACAAAGGCAAGAAGAAGGCGAACAUCGAAGAAGAGAAUGGAAAGAACGUUAUGGACACAGUAGGGAAGAUUCCACUAGAAACAGAAAUGUUCAUAUUGACCCAAAAGAGUCAAACUUCUCAGAUAUAAAUACCAACCGAUGUACUAGAACAUUUAAAGCGGCAUCCAAAUAUACCAGAGCUAAUAAUAGGACUGAAAGGGACAGAAUAGAACUCCUACAAGAUGCAGAACCUUUGGAUUUUAAUGCAGAAGCGUUUACUGAUGAUCCUCUUGAAUCUGAAUCAGGAAGGUAUCAGCCUGGUGGACGAUACCUCUCAAUGUCUCGCAGCAGAAUAUUCGAUGAUGUUUAAAGUCUGGAAGGAUUUAUGGAAUAACCAAAAUCAACACAUCAGUUCAGUCUUUAUGAACAUCUACAUACCCUAGAAUUUACACUGUAUUCUCAGUGAAAAGUGUCAGGAUAAAAAAGAUGCUGAAAAUUACAUCUUAGUAAUAAUGGUUUAUUAUUCAUUGAAUAGAAUGUCAUCUUUUUGAGUAGGAUUUAUUACAUACCAUUCCUGAAGUGUCUGCCUUAGAAGCACAGUAACAGUGGAAGGAUUUAAUUCAUGAUAAAGAACAGUAUAUGUCGAGAACAUGUAGUUCAGUUUGUUUAAAAAUUUUUUUUCCAGGAAAAUUGUUUUAAAGGUCCAAGGAAGGUAUAAGUCAAACUAAAUAAUAUUAUACCAUUUUAUUAUUGUGAUUUACAUUUUUGCUGUUUCUAAAGAAUACAUUAAUCCUGUAUUUCACAAAGAAUUGGAGACCUCAAAAAAUAACUAUAUUUACAAAACCCAUGUCUUAAAACAAGGCUUACUUGCCAGUCAUACCUGAAUGUAGAAAGCUCUUUUUCAACUCUAUGCAUGUUAGUGAGGUUUUUGCAUGUACAAUUAAGAUUAUACUUCAACUGAUAGUGUUAGUGUCUUUAACAUGUGUUUCAUAAUCGGGUGAUGUAUUUUUUCAGUCUUUGGUAGUAACUGGAAAUGGUUUUAUGCCUUUGGUCUUAUUUUGUAAAAGAUUUUCAUUUCAGAGAGAAGUGUUCACCUUUAUCAUUUAGCAUGUUGAUUUAAGGUUUGAUCAUUCCAUUUAAAGAAAAUCCUAAGCAUUAAUGGUAAAUAGUGGGGUUUUUGUUUGUUUGUUUAAUUACCAGUGAGUCCCACAAAAUUUUCUAAUUUUUGAAGGUGCCUGUUUAUACUUUUUGAAAAAGAACAUCUGGUUACUCAAAGGUAAAUAGUGAAUCCAUUUACUGUUAUUACCAACAUUUAAAUUGUGUUUUAUAGAAAACAGAAAAUUACAGGCAUAUCUUGGAGAUAUUGCUGAUUUGGUUCAAGACCACCGCAAUAAAGUAUCAAGAUAAAGUGAGUCAUAAUCUCUUUGCUGGUGAAGGAUCUUGCUUUCAGUUUGUAAAAAAUGUUAACGUCUGGGGCACAAUAAAGUGAAGCACAAUAAAAUGAGGUAUGCCUGUAUGGUAGAAUGGAAAUAUGUAAUAACUUGAUUAACAUGCUAAUUAUUUUGAAUUGAUUUUUUUUUUUAACCUUUGUGUUUAAGCCAGCGUUAGGUAUUACAUUUUAAAUCAUCAGUGCUUUAUUUACACAGUGACUAUAGUUGAGCAGAACAUGCUUGCAGAGACAUUUUUAUGCCCCUGAAAUGUUUGCGAGUCUUAGAGGAUCCAUAGUAUGUAUUCACCCAGUGGUGACUGUACUUGAGCUUGCCCACGACAGUCUCAGUAACACCUAUUAUCCUGUGUAAUUUUUAAUACUGCUCACUUUCACUCUGAAGUAUUGCAGUUUGAAGAUGAAUUAUAUAGUUACUCUAACAAUAAGAUUGUUUCUUGAAGGUGACCUUUCCCUGAAUCGUAAUUUAAAUUUUUUAUUUUCCUCUUUACUUAGUAAAUUUUUUAAGAUGCAGAUACCGAAAAGAAUAAUGUAUCAUCCUAAUUACCUGAUUUUCUUCAAUUUUUAUGAUUUUUGAGAUUAGGUCCUCUUUAAAAUAAUUAUCAGUGGAUAGAUUUUACUCUGAAUUGAAGGUCAUAGAGAGUGUCCAUUUAGAAAAUACACACACACACACACACACACACACACACACUCUUAUCUUUUAUUGUAAACUGUAGUUAAAGAGCAAUAGGCCAGGAGCAGAGAGAAUGUAAUAUUGUUUGUAACUUCAUGAUUGACCAGUGAAUACUGUGGGCAAAUCAAGUAACCUGUCAGUGCCUCUAUUUCUUCAUUUGCGAAAUGAAGAUGAUAGUUGGGAUUUACCUUCUGAUCUACCUCACAAAGCUGUUGUGAGGGUUUUGCGUUGAUGUUUGUAUACUGGGGUUUAAAAAGAAAACAAAUUUGACUGUUAGCUAUGCUGUUUUUCCUGGUGGUACUUGAAGGUGUUGGAUGGGGAAAUGAUCACCCCGCAAAGGCGUCUAGUUUCUCAUUAUUACAGAGAAGCUUACAAAUCCCCAAAGCAAAAACUCUCUUGGGAAUAAUUUCUCAAAAGUCCUGUGAAAAUGGUAUUGUUUUGUUAUUUAGUCUUUGGGUUUACUUUGGAAUAGUUUCCGUAAGUGUAAUGUUUCUCAUCAGAUUUUGUCAUAAAACUCAGAUGCUGUCGUAGAAAGAGGAGUAGGAAAAGAGAAGAAAUGAUCCAAUUCCUUUUAUAACUUACAAUGCCGUAAGAGAAAUUGAUAGGAAUGUGGAAGGGAGUGUACCACUUCCUUUAUUAAAUUUUUAUGACUAUAAUAAUGGAAGCAUACUUCACAAACAGUAGAUUCCCUUUAUGACUUUAGAGUUAUUUCCAAAAUAAUUUUUGGUUAUUUAAGUAAUCCAGAGUAUUCAAAUUUUUAAGCAGCAUUUGUCUUAUAGGAUUUUAUAUACAAUCAUAUAGGAAUGUUAUCUGGCUGGGUAAAUUGAGUUCAGAAUGUAAUGAUUUAACCCCUGAAGACUAAGAGUUUAUUGCUGGGGAACUAAGUUAAUAUUUAUUAACCCACUUUGUGUAAAAACCUGUAGUAAAAACAAAAGUGUUUUUUUUUUUUUGAGAAGCUUAUUAAAAUGUAAUGACAUCUGCUGUAAAACAUUACUACUAAAUUAAUACACUUUACAUGCAAAGUACAUUUCUUGAAGACUUAUUUCUGUCAAUUACCUUUUGAUGUUUUUCUUACAUAAUAAAUACCUGAUCAAAUUUUCUAAAUUAUUUUUCUAAAUAAUUGUUAGGUAAGGAUAUUUAGUAAGCUAGUAAUUUAAAAUAACCAUUGAAGAAAGUAAUAAUAAUCUAUUAAUUUCAUGAAUCACCUGUAAAUGGCUAGUUAAUUUUUGUUACUACAUCAAUAAUCAGUUAUCAAUAGAGUGUUUUUGUGAAAAUCAUUAAUAAGAAAUAAGCAUAAUUAUUAGAAUUUUUUCUCUUACCAAAUGAAUACAGGGUUUUUGGAAUAAUUUAAUCAUACAAGAAGACCUCAUUUCACAAGAGCGGUAAGAGCUAAAUCAAAACAUUCAAGGGUUUUUGAUUUAGAAAGGAUAGAUCAGAGAUUUUGACAAUUCUUCAAAAAGAAAUGCUGCCAAUUGAUUUGUUUUUGGACUCUACUAUUUGAUUAGAUUAUCAGUUCUUAAAUUUAUGUCUUUUGUGUAUCCAAAUGAAAUUAAAUGUGGAUGGGAAAGGCAGUGUGUAUUUUCAUAAGUAUAUUUUAGCAUAUUAAUGAAGGAAUUUCAUUUAUGUACAAUAACAAACUUCACUUUCUUAUGCCUUUAAUAGAUUUAGAGAAUGGUCUAGGUAGUGUGUUGAUUACCAUUUUAAAGGAAAAAUAAGCUCUCCAUACUUAUAAUUCACACUGUUCAGUAAUGUGAGUUUUCCUUGUGAUUUGAGUGGACCAUGCCUGAAAAUCACAAGGAUAAAUAUAUUUACACUAAGAGACAAAACAUGUCCCUGAAAAAUCUUAACAUUCUUGAAUCUCCAAAGUGUAAUGAUAUCGUAUUAAAUUCUAAAUAUUGAGAAGUAAAUGGAUUUAGAGGUUUAUCUUAUCCUUUCUUUUCUUUUUCCCUUCCUCAUUCCUUUACACCUUCCUUCCUUUCUGAGGCCUUUCUCUAUAGUGGGAGUUUUAACUUGGUGACAGAUUUUUCUUCUGUUUGUUUUGUGUACACACACAGUUGUUUUUGUUGAUCAGUACGCUUACAUGGAACUAGUUCUGACUACAAAUCCCACUACUUAAAUAGCGGUAUUGCACCUAAACUAGUGAAACAGAUUUUACUAUUCAACUAAGCAAUAUCUGAAUGUAAAUGUGAUGUAUACUGGCUCAGUGUGUUGUCUUUUACAUCUCCUAGGAUAGCACACCAGUAAAAUGAAUUAUUCUCAAUAUAAUGUUUUGGCAUAGAAAUGGAUUUCCAAAAACAGUGAUUGUUAAAAAAUGAAAACAAAAUACAUUAAGAACCUUGAAACCUGUUUUUCUGAAAAGGAAUUCGUAAGUACCAUACGCCAUUGUUAAAAUUUUAAUUAGGAGAGGUUGGAAUAAUAAGAGGGUUAUAGGAAGCCUUCUGAAAUACGAAUUCCCUGUGUGUAAGAUACUUCUUUCUAACUCAAUGACUUUUUCCUGCUCAGAGACCUGGAAGACAGGCAGUGUUAUUCCCUUCCUAGUUCCUGGGGACCAGGCCCUGUGAACCACCUCUCCUAGCAGAGCAGGCACUAGCAUUGCUCAUCCCCAGUACCAUUGCAAUGGUAACAUGACUUCACCUCUAAUUCCUUUCGUGUUCAGCCUGGUUUUUCUAAAACUUUCUUCUCAUUUUCAAAAGUUGUGUCCAUUGAAGUUGAUGGAAGCCUUGUUGUAAUUUAAGUUUGUUAAUAAUGCAAGAAUAUUGGCAUGUUCCUCUUCUCAUCGAUAUCCUGAAAGUAUUUGUUUUUAACACAUUCCCUGGGGAGAAUUAACUUUUUUCUCAUGAAAAUAUUUUCUUUUGUGGUUAUCUUGAUCUCAAAUUAUUUUUACAAAAAGUGAUUUUUUACUGUACUUAGUGCAGAAAAAAUAGAGAGUGGCUUACUAUGGCAGACAUAUGUAGGGUAAAGUCAUAAUUUAUUAAUCUGACUAUACAACACCAUUUUGAGUUGAUAUUAUUGCCAUAAAUCUUAUCAAACUAGUCAUUUAGAUCUGUAUUUCUCAAAAGAAUGCUGGCUAGCAUCUUCCCUACUUAGUACCGAAGUUGUAGGGGAGAGACUAUUUAUUUAUUUUUUGAAAGCAAUCCAAUGGAUUUGUUUUUGUCCAUAUUUUGAAAACAGCUUGAAGGAUUUUUUUCUCAUUUUAGAAGGUAGAAACCUGUGGACCUGUCUUUUAAAUUACUGUAAUCUAAUAUAUAUUUAUAAGUUAUAGCAUUGAAAAAGAGCUCUAAUGUUGUUAAUUUCUGGUAUUUAAUUUUUAUAAAAUGUUUUUGUAAGUAACUAAUUGUAGUAGUUUAAAAAUCUUUCUCAAAUAAGUUCUGCCCAGAACCUAGUUCCUUAGGGCAAUAUUCUAAAGUUCAGUAGUCUAGUGUGAAUUUGAAAUAUUCCUACUUUUCUUCAGUAUCUUUUGAUAUAUACCAGUACCCAAACAAAGUAUACCAAAAGACUAAUUUCUGUGUUGCAUUAGUAAAGUAUAUGAUAUUUAUCUAAUUCAGUGGAUUAGGUGAAAUAAAAGAUAAGUCUUUUCAAAUGUGUACCGGAUUAUAAUUUUUCAAAAUAUUUAUUAUGUUCAUUUUUUGUGCAUGAUGGCAAAUUUAUCUUUAAUCAGCCAUUGCUACCUGAUAUGUAAUGACAAAUGUUUUUCUAUCUGAUCAGUGGGCUGUAGAUUUAACUAUUUUUCUCUUCAGAUUCUCACUACGUUUUCAAAUAUGUAUUUGGAAAAAGCCACAGUGUUACCUAUACAUAAAUUAGCAUCUUUGGCCUUAUCUAUGCAUAAUGUUCUCUCAUUUUGGUUUUGACAAACUCAUGGACUUGCAAUUACUCUGUAGUAUUUUAAUUUAUUGAUGUAAUGAAUUUUUUGAAAUGUUAAUUUGAUUGGCUGUUAAAAUACAGAAAAUUAUAUAGCUUUGCAUGAAAUAAAGUA